AUGCCCCAGCUUUCCCAAGAGAACCAAGAGUGCCUCCAGAAACAUUUCUCCAGGCCAUCUAUGUGGAAGCAAUUUCUGCCCCUGCCUCAGGCUGAGGGAUAUAAUGCAAACAUUCAGCAAGCCAUGGAAAAUGAAGGUGGGACCAAGGCUGGGCAUGAUGUCCAGACGCGGCCGCCCCCGAAGCUCCCAGACUCGCCCGCUGCCCCGAAGCUGCUCAGCCUCCUUUCCAGCACGCUCUCCGACCUCGCGCGGGUCUUCUCUCACCUUCUCCGGCGACACCCUGCUGAGGCUCCCCAGCGGCGCCUGGACUUCUCCUUCCCGCUUCCAGCCCUGCCGGUGGCUGGGCUCUGGCAGAGGCACGAGGAGCGGCCGGGUCGCCUCUCGCUCCUGCUCGGGGCAGCUCUGGCACUGCCCGGCCGACCCCCAAGGGGACACCUGCCCAGGGAAGAGGACGCCAGCGCUGGGCAGAGCUCGCCCAUGCCCCCGAUGGGAUCGGAACGGACGGAGAUGCAGAAGCGGCAGAUGCCUGCAGCCCAGGGGACAGCGGGCCCCACCCCCGGCCAGCACGGCGUGGGGACCCGAGGGCCCAAUGCUUGCUGCUUCUGCUGGUGCUGCUGCUGCAGCUGUUCUUGUCUCACUGUUAGAAACCAAGAAGAACAGAGAUCCAGGAGGGCUUCCUAUGAACUCAGAAGAGAAGACCUUCCAACCUGUGAAGAAAGCCCAAGUCCCACUCUGGAGGAAGCCAGCGCCUGGGCACAGUCCUUCGACAAGCUCAUGCUCACUCCGGCGGGCAGGAACGCUUUCCGCGAAUUCCUCCGAACAGAAUUCAGUGAAGAAAACAUGCUUUUCUGGAUGGCGUGUGAGGAACUGAAAAAAGAAGCUAACAAAAACAGUAUUGAAGAGAAAGCCAGGAUAAUCUAUGAAGACUACAUUUCUAUUCUUUCUCCUAAAGAGGUCAGCUUAGACUCCCGAGUAAGAGAAGGCAUCAACAGGAACAUGGUGGAGCCAUCCCAACACAUAUUCGAUGAGGCCCAGCUUCAGAUUUACACCUUAAUGCACAGAGACUCAUAUCCCCGGUUCAUGAACUCUGCUCUCUAUAAAGACUUGCUUCAGUCCUUAUCUGAGAAAUCAGUUGAAGCAUAGGAUAUCAAACAUAUUUAUUAUUAAUAAAAUAAUAAAAGACUCACGGACUAUGUCUAGUACAGGGAAUUAAGAGGUAGUAGUAUCUUCUGCUAGAGUAAUACUGGGGCUACUUUAAUAACAGAUGCUGCCUUCUACAGAAGGCUAUAUAGUCACAAUGUAAAUUGCAGCCACCUUUAGUGAUCCUUUUGAAAAAAUAGGGUAUGGCUGUCUUAGAAAGGUAGUAUAUUUACAAUAACAGUUGC